AUGGAGGGCUCAAGGCCUGUAAAACCAGGUUCGUCAGCCUGCCUCUGGUUGGGGCUGGUCUCCGUGGCUGUAACCUUCCUUUGCUCUGAGGCCCGGACCACUCCGAGUCCUCUGCUCAGCCCUAGCAAUGCCACAUGCAAAGAAAUCUCUAAGUGUCAAAAGGGGAUCAUCCUCCCCAUCUGGUAUCCAGAGGACCCCUCAAUGGGAGACAAGAUUGCUCGGGUCAUUGUCUACUUCGUGGCCCUGAUCUACAUGUUCCUUGGAGUGUCUAUAAUUGCUGACCGCUUCAUGGCAGCAAUUGAAGUCAUCACAUCCCAGGAGAAAGAAAUUGUCAUCAAGAGGCCCAAUGGAGAAACAACCACAACCACGAUACGGGUUUGGAACGAAACAGUCUCCAAUCUCACACUCAUGGCCUUGGGCUCAUCUGCCCCUGAGAUAUUGCUCUCUGUGAUUGAAGUUUGUGGACAUGACUUCAAAUCUGGUAAGCUUGGGCCCUCCACAAUUGUGGGUAGCGCAGCUUUCAAUAUGUUUGUCAUUAUUGGCAUUUGUGUGUCUGUCAUCCCUCAAGGAGAGGUGCGCAAGGUUAAGCACCUCAGAGUGUUCUUUGUCACUGCGGGCUGGAGUAUUUUUGCUUACAUCUGGCUCUACAUGAUCCUGGCCGUCUUUUCUCCUAAUGUAGUCCAGGUGUGGGAGGGCCUUGUUACUCUGGCCUUCUUCCCCAUAUGUGUAAUUCUUGCUUGGGUGGCAGACAGACGACUGCUUUUCUACAAGUACAUGCACAAGAAGUAUCGCACUGACAAACACAGAGGCGUCAUCAUUGAGACGGAGACCGAACGCUCCAAGGGGAUCGAGAUGGAUGGCAAGAUGGUCAAUUCCCACUUCAUGGAUGGAGGUGCGGCCAGCAAUCUGAUAGGUCUGAUCGAAGGCAAGGAGGUAGACGAGUCCCGUCGCGACAUGAUUCGCAUACUGAAAGACCUGAAGCAGAAGCACCCGGAGAAAGAACUGGAUCAGCUGGUCGAGAUGGCCAACUACUACGCUCUCUCGCACCAGCAGAAGAGCCGUGCCUUCUACCGCAUCCAAGCCACUCGGAUGAUGACGGGCGCGGGGAACAUACUGAAGAAGCACGUGGCGGAACAGGCGAAGAAGAGUGUCAGCGUGCAGGAGGUGCGUGUGGAGGAACCGGAGGAAUACGUGUCUCGCAUCGCUUUCGAGCCUGCCGUCUACCAGUGCCUCGAGAACUGUGGCGCCGCCAUCCUGACCAUCACUAGAAAGGGUGGUGACAUCAACAAGACGAUCUACGUGGAUUACAAGACGGAGGAUGGGUCGGCUAACGCUGGAGCAGACUAUGAGUUCACAGAGGGUACAGUGCUGUUCAAACCCGGAGAGAUGGCCAAGGAAAUAAGCAUUGGGAUCAUAGAUGAUGACAUAUUUGAGGAGGACGAGCACUUCUUUGUGCGUCUCAGUAAUUUACGUGUCUUGGAAACCGAAGAUGAGGUGCUGUCUCCCAACAGUCUCCCGUACCCAAAGGCCAUGUUAGGAUUCCCGGCUGUGGCCACUGUGACCAUUCUGGAUGACGAUCAUUCAGGCAUUUUCACCUUUGAGAGCGGUUCCGUCCAUGUCAGUGAGAGUAUCGGUAUUAUGGAGGUCAAGGUGUUGAGGACUUCCGGAGCAAGGGGGACGAUCAUUGUGCCUUAUCGCACCUUGGAGGGACUCGCCAAAGGUGGAGGGGAGGACUUUGAAGACACAUACGGAGAGCUGGAGUUCAAAAACGACGAGACCUGGCUGCUGAAGGAUAUGAGGAAAGAGCUGUGUAGAGACCCGAAUGCACAGCGGAAUCCAAUCAAGCUAAUGCAGCACAUGGGCUCCUGA